AUGAUUGUCAUCUUCCUUCAAGCUUCAUUCUCUGCGUUCCAGGACUGGUCCACGGCCAGAGUGAUGAAGUCCAUUCUCAACAUGUUGCCAGCCGAGUGCCUUGUGGUGCGUGAUGGAAACAUGACCCGUAUCAACACCAACCAACUGGUGGUUGGUGAUAUCGUCCAUCUGAGUAUGGGCAACAAGGUGCCCGCCGACAUGGUCAUCAUCCACACUUCCGGCGACCUCAAGGUCGACAACUCCGUGCUGACUGGCGAGAACAAGCCAAUCUCGGUCCAGACCUCACCCACCGACCAGUCCUUCCUCGAGUCCAAGAACAUGGCCUUCAUGGGCACCUACGUCUUCAACGGCACCGGCACCGGUGUCGUCGUGCUCACGGGCAACAACUCUGUGAUGGGCCGCAUCAACAAGCUUACUAACAGCCGCGGCGAGAAGGUGUCCAUCAUCCAGAAGGAGAUCACUCGCUUCGUUAUGAUCAUCGUCAUCCUGACCGUGGCCCUCGCCGCCAUGUUUGCCAUCGAGUGGGCCGCCUUCCUCCGCAUCAAGCACCCCAACUUCAUGACCACCGUCGGCAUGCUCAUGAAUGUCAUGUCAUGUGUUGUCGCCUUCAUCCCCGAGGGCAUGCCCAUCUGUGUCGCCCUGACGUUGCUGAUCGUCGCCAAGCGCAUGAAGGAGAACAAUAUCCUGCCCAAGGCCUUGACCACCGUUGAGACUCUCGGCUGUGUCAAUGUGAUCUGCUCGGACAAGACUGGCACACUCACCCAGAACAAGAUGUUUGUCACAUCGGUCGGCUUCAUCGACAAUCAGUCCAUCCCAGAGCAUGUACGCGACUGCAUCGCUGGCGACAAUGACACCAAUACCUCACGUGCCUACCAACAAAUCCAACUGGCCUCUGUACUCUGCAACAACUCGACCUGGGAGGCCUCGACCAUCGCCCUGCCACUCUCUGAGCGCAAGAUCAAUGGAGACGCCACCGACGCAGCCAUCUUCCGCUUUGGAGAGACCAUGUCCACGGCUGUGCGCUCCAACACUCGCAGCGCCUUCCCCCGUGUGUUUGAGAUCCCAUUCAACUCCAAGAACAAGUGGAUGCUCACCAUGCACAGCAUUGCCGUCGACGAGGACGACUCGCUGAGUGACCCCUCCAUCAACAUCUUCGGCCGUCCAUUCGGCGCCAGCAAGUCCGAGCACCUGGUCUUUGUCAAGGGUGCCCCAGACGUCCUGCUCCACCGCUGCAUCAACAUUGUCAACGCCGCCACCAACACUGUCGCACCCCUCAACCUCGACGCCCAAGAGACCAUUGAGGCCAUCCAACAAAAGUGGUCGCGCUCAGGCCAGCGUGUGCUGCUGAUCUGCCGUCGUUUCUACACUCCAGUGUCCGCCGUGGGCAGCGCCGAGCUGCAGCAAGAGAUGGAGGACAGUGUCCGCGACCUUACCAUCAUCGGUCUGCUGGGCAUCAUGGACCCACCCCGCCCCGAGAUCACCGAGACUGUUGCCACCGUGCGCCGUGCCGGAGCCCGCUUCUUCAUGGUCACCGGUGACUUUGGUCUGACCGCUGCCGCCAUUGCCCGCCAGAUUGGUAUCUUCACUCAGAACGACCCCGAGCCAGAGACCUACGAGGACAUCCUGUUGCAACCGGACGAGUCGCACUUUGCCGCUGGCAAGAUCACCUCCCUGCUGUUGACGGGAAGUGACAUUGCCAAGCUCGACGACAAGGGCUGGGACUCAGCCUGCAAGUACGAGGAGAUCGUCUUUGCCCGUACGACACCAGAGCAGAAGCUGCGCAUCGUCACCGAGCUCCAGAAGCGUGGAGGAGUCGUUGCCGUCACUGGUGAUGGUGUGAACGAUGCGCCCGCCCUCAAGGCUGCCGAUGUCGGUGUUGCCGUCGUCUCUGGCUCUGAUGUCGCCAUUGAAGCCGCCGACCUCGUCCUCAUGGGCAGUUUCGACAAGAUCACCGAGGCCAUGCGUCUUGGCCGUCUCGUGUUCCAGAACCUGCAGAAGGUCAUCUCAUUCCUGCUGCCAGCCGGCUCUUGGUCCGAGAUCAUGCCAGUGGUCGUCAACUCGUUCUUUGGUACACCCGCUCCGCUGUCCUCCUUCCUGAUGAUCAUCAUCUGUUGCUUCACCGAUGUGUUCCCAUGCCUGUCGCUGAUCAUGGAGAAGCAAGAGAUGGACCUCAUGUCGAUGCCACCCAGGAACGCCAAGAAGGACCAUCUGAUCACCAUGCGCAUCUACGCCCAGUCCUACUUCCUGAUGGGCACCAUCCAGUCUGUCGUGUCCAUGUUCCUGUUCUUCCUGUACAUCGAGGAGUACACUGGUCUGUCGUGGUACGACCUGGCCUACACCUACGGUGACAUUGACUUCACCAAGGCCAAGGUGUCUGCCGACGACUUUAACAACAUCUACGUGCCAACCGGUACGUGUGUCACGUUCAUCGCACUGAUGAUGAUGCAGUGGGGUAACAUCCUGGCCAUCCGUAACCGUCGCAUGUCGAUCAUUACCGCCGACCCAAUCCGUCCACAGCGCCGCAACUACUACAUCUUUGGCAGCUGGGUGCUGUCGAUGAUCGUGGCGCUCAUCGUCACCAAGGUGCCCUGGAUCCAGACGAUCUUCCUCACUGGCGACGUGCCCAUCAAGUACUGGUUGCUGCCAUUGCCCUUCGCUGCGGCCAUCCUCUUGUUGGAUGAGAUUCGCAAGUUGAUCGUCCGUCUCUUCCCCAAGGGACCCAUUGCCUGGGUUGCUUGGUAA